AUGUCUCAAACAUGCUCGAUCGAGAAAUGCUUCCGUACAUCACGUGGACUGUGUGAUUGUUGUCAGCAACAUCUUUGUUUACAACAUUUAAAUGAACAUAAUGCUUCACUAAUUUCUCAAUUGAAUCCUUUAACUGAUGAAAUUAAUACACUUGAAGAUCGUCUCAAAACAUUAAAUAUACAAAAAAUAAUUGACAAUAGUCGUCAAAAACUUAAACAAUGGCGUCAAGAUUGUCAUAGAAGGAUUGAUUCUUAUUUUGAACAAAAAUGUCAAGAACUUGAUCAACUUGUUAAAGAAAGAGUUGCCCAACGACAAGAAGAACUCAAUCGAAUACACUUGAAAAUAGGUGAACUCAUCAAUACACAAGAAACAACUCGUCAAGAUAUCGAUUCUUUAACAUCAACUAUUCGUCAACUCGAAACAAAUAUGAACAAUACGGAACAAAUAUGUUUUACGAUCAAUGCUCGUCCAUUAUUAAUCGAUGAUAUGGUCGUCUUUAUAGAGAAAACGACUGAACAUGAACUUCAUCUAUCCACCCUUUCACCUGUCUACAGAACAGUUCUUCAUCCAGAAGGAAGUUUUCAAUCAGUAACUAGCAAUGAUCGACAUUUAUUGAUGCAUCAACAUCCAAAUUUAUGCUUGCUUGAUCGAGAAAUGAACAUAGUCAAACAAACAUUAUGGUCGUAUAGUGAAAUUUGGGAUAUGUGUUGGUCAUCAACAUUAGAUCGAUUCAUUGUACUCGAAGAAAAUGAUAUUUUUCUCAUAAAUGAAAAUACAAUGUCGAUCGAUAAUGUGUACACAAUCAAAGAACGAAGCUUUAUGUCGUGUACAUGUUCUGAUACAGUGCUCUUUAUACAAUUUCAAUUUGUUGUUUGUUUUGGUAACGGUCAACAUUUAUUAAUACUUUCAACACAUAGUUGA